GCCGGAACUGGCCGCUAACGCAUCGCAACGCAAUGCGGCGACGAAAGUUGCGCCGCUUUUUUGGGCUGGCCAACAAAAAACCAGACGGCUCCAAAAGAAAUGGGAGAAAAAAGCAAAAAAAAAGAGACGAAGCUAAAAGAAGCUAAACUGCAGACGCAGGCGGAAGAAGAAGCGGCGGCGGCGGCGGCGGCUGCAAAAGUAGCAACCUUCGAGGAUGUCCAGUUUCAUUCCAGUCCGGUCGUGAAAAUGCCGCGCAACUCGUUUCGCAAUAAAGAGAAAGUGUCCAGCGGAUCGCGCUGUUCGUUCUGGCGAUCGUAAAGAAUAAAUUUGCAGGCUAUUAAAAUGUUUCCUGUUUCCACUCACCACCGCUCAACACUCCCCGCUCUCACCCGCUCUUUUCCGCAUCCACUUCGCCACCCCGAAAAUUUCGCUCUCCGCGGCGAGAAAGUUGCCUGGAAAUCUGGAAAUCUGCAUCCAUGCGACAAGUGAAAACAAGAUGCAGCCAAAAAUACCUACUCGCGUUCCCCAGACUCUAUAUAUUUCCAUGCAAGCCUGCAAAUAUGUGUAUGUAUAUGUUUACAUAUAUAGGUAUGUGCGCAUUGGAAGGCGUUGACUGGACUUUACUGGCAAACGGACGUUAUAAUUGAUAAGAGCGACUAACUCACCCGCGCUCUUGGGAGCGAGGAGAAAUGGAACGGCGACUGAUUAAGUUCCAAUAUUAAACUGCUGAAAAGAGAUGGCAUCGCCUUGGAAAACCGCUAAUUUUUCGGUGUUAGCGAUUAAAGGAAUUACUGGAAAGGUGGAGCCAACCAUAUCUUGGUUCUCAAAUGUUAUACUUUUAAUUUAAUAACUCAAUUGAUUAUAUUGUAAAUGAAUGGCACGACAACUGCUACUUUUUUCCGCUCAAAUCCACUCCUAUAUAUGGCUAAAAUCGAGCCAAGUGCUCAGUAAUGUCGCAUUUAUUUCCAGCUACCCGAUAAUGACCCAGCCACAGCUAUUCCCAUAGAAUUCUGUGGCAAUAAGAAGAGGCGCCUUAUCCGCAAAAACAUCCGAAUCCGUUGCGUUCCGAUUUGUUGUGCACUCGAAGAAACAACUCUCAACAUUUAAUAAUAAUAAUCAUUUUAAGAGCUAAUCAAUUUGUCUUUUGUAGAACAAGGAAUUAUUUUGGAACCCUAGAUUAAGACACUUAAAUAUUGUGAUGAUACAGAGAUUUCCAAGACUUUUCUUCCAAAACUAAUGUUAUUGCACCACUUUGUGCCAAGAUUUUUUAGAGUGUACUCAUUGCUGGCUGCUAAUGUCGCACGCUACUCGCGGAGAUGGCGCAGUGCCAUCGAAAACAGUUCCAGCUACAGCGCAACGGAGAUCGAGCGUCUGAAACCGCCGGAAGAUCAACGACAAUAAACAAUUGUAGCUCACCGUCAUCCGGAAUAAUGGAGGCGAUCAUGGGCAGGAAUGGAUCGCUCCUACUGACCGCCGUGCUCAUAAUUAUCCUGGAUGUUGUGCUCGACCCAGUCGGUGCCAACAUGUGGACACGACACAAUAGCAAUGCCCAUCAAACCAGGAGGCGCUCAGGUCCCAGCAAUCGGUGUCCAAAGGUGGGCGCCAUUAAGAACUUUGACUUGGAGCGCAUGAUGGGCUGUUGGCACGUGGUUCAGUAUUACGCAUCUACAGAGGAACUUCCGGAGUACGCGUGCAUGCGCAGUCACUUUUCCUUCUCCAAAGAGGAUCAACAUAUAACGAUGAACUUUAGCUACAUAUUUGCGGAGGAUCCGUUGCGCGAGAAGCUCGUGGGCAACAUCACCUGGAUGAUACCAAAAUUCCAAGAGCCAGGACAUUGGCAGCAUACGGAGGACAUCUAUGAGGGCAUCUACAACACAUACGUUCUGGACACGGACUACGACACGUGGGGCCUGGUGAUGCACUGCGCCGAGAAGAAGAAGCAACCACGUUACCUGUCCGCCCUGCUUUUGUCGAGGAAAACAUCGCUGGCCGACAACGAGAUCAGCUUUCUGCGCGGCAAGUUGCCGCAGGACAUCGACACGUCCUUUAUGUUCAACAUCGGGCAGGAAUCGUGCGACAAUCUAAUGGAAUCCAGUCGAGACGAUCCGCUGGCCUAUGUGGUGAAUGGACGCCAGAGAGCCAAGGAAAUCUUCAAAAUUAUCAAUAAGCCUGACGGCAGAGUGCGCGCGAGAAGCGAAUCAAGAAGAUAAGAGCAAGGCGAGAAGAUGGCAGAGUGAGAGCUUUCCGAGAAACGAGCUACUGUGCUUUGAAAAUAAACGGUAAUUAAAGCACAGGAUACAAAAAAACAAUCUUGCGCUCUGAGCGAGUUGAAGCGAUAAAGCAGGUUGCAAACUGCUCUCUCGCUUUGUCGCCUGAGCUCGCAACUCGCUUCGCUCUCACUCUGACAACUUUCGAGCGAUCUAAUCAAUCAACUAAGAGAAAAUAAUCCACGAAUAACCGAUUUAUUUUGUCGAUAAUUCAAAUUUAAAAACGCACGUUCAAAACAUUCAAUAUAGUGUUACCAUACACCUAAAUGAAAAAAUACCCUAAAAUUAGUAGUAAGUCAAUCGGUAAAUUGUUUGACAAAUAGCAAAACAGCCAACUAAAUGCUGAUAAUAAACCAUAUUAUAAUA